AUGAGUGAUCAAGGGUACUGGCAGCCUUGGGGACCGCCUUCCGACCUCCAAGACGUGGCGCGCGCCGAGAAGGAGCGACGGAGCAUCAAGACUGGGCCGCUGCCUUCGUGCGUGCCCAAAAUGCACUGUGCCUUUCCCUCGCCCGAAGCCUUUGCGGAUCAAGAUCCUGCGCACCCCUGCGCCGGUAGAGCUCUCGACAUGCAGGGCACAUUCGGGUCGGCCGCCAUAAGAUUGGAUGCCUUGGAGGCUGAGUUGAAUCAGCUCCGAACACAAGAGGCACAGUUUCUUCAAGGAUUUGCGGCACCCUCACGUCUGCCGCCCCUUGCCUCGGUGUCACCGACACCUGCAACGAAUCCCAGCUCGGCCAGGAUAAAUGGACCCAGUCCCUGUCCGACCGCACGGGAGGAGCGUGAGGACUACGCUCUUCCCAAUGAGAAGGCGUUCAAAGAGUUGAUGCUUGCGCACCGGGAGUUGCUCCAGACGCUAACGAUGCAGGCUACCGGGCAGGCAGAGCUUGUGAAGCAGCAUUCCGAGCUGAUGAAAGCUCACCAGGAGCUUCUCAAGCUUCGCUCUGUGCCAACACCGACGCCGCCGGCCGAGGUGAGGCCUGCGGGCUCCGCGAAUCCUCGCAUUCGCAGGCAGAAGAGUCGUCACUUUGUCAGCAACGACAUUGAUUUGCAAGCUCCAAGUGAGCCAACCCUUUUGGAUAACACCCUGCUCUUCCUUCCAGAACGAGCUGUCCGUGACAUGUCUCUUGAGCCCAAUAUGAACGACAAGAGUGACAAUGACAAAACCAUGUGGAGUGGACGUGUCUGGGAGUUGAGGGAGCUCAUGGCCACUUUCCACAGAGACAAGUUGGCAAAGAUUGCAUCCGACACCGCUCAACUCACUGAAUUCAGAAAGCGUGAGCUCAAAGCCAAAAUGAAGGAUCCCGAAGUGCGACAAGCUUUGAGGAAGUUCGCGGCGAGGUGGCGAGGUGCAGCCUAUCGCAACCGCUGCAGCUUUGCGGUGCUUGAUCGCUUGAAGUAUUCAAACUUACGGGGCACACUGAUCUAUGCACAUGGCUCCGGAGGCUGCAGUUGGGACAACUACCGAAUAUGUCGAAUGAUAGCUGGCAUGGGAAUCCUGGUUAUCGCCCCGGAUGGUUUUGCAUAUCCAAAGAACACUGCUAUGGGUCAGAUGAGGCACAAGGAACUAGCACCUCUGCAUAAAGCUACAGAUGAUGUGGACUACUGGGCCAACGAUCUUGUGUACACUUCCGGUGCAAACGGGACGUUCAAUUACUCCAGUAAGGCAGCAUCAGUACUGCAGAAGCCCGACGAGUACAAGGACAUCUACGAGAAGUGCUACCAACUGCGGCGGUCAGAGCUGCACUUCACGAUCACCCACCUGCCACACUGGAUUCACUCUCAAGGCUUUUAUUUAGGAGGCACAUCUGAAGGAGCUAUGACAGUUGCACGGUUCGAUGACCAGAGAUAUGGUGCCAUGCUCAUCGGGCGCUUCAUCAACUCCUUCAGCAUCGAGUACUGUUACUUUACGCCCGAACCGGAAUCAGGAUUGAUCGGUGGUCAGCUGGAUGUGCCGACGUUGAAUAUCAUCGGCACGAAGGACCAGUACUUCGGGAAGGAGGAUUCAGUGGCGAAGUUGGUGGCGGAGAACGGUGCAACAGGAUAUGGCGACAGGAAUAUCACCGGAAAUGGGUACAAUACUCUUGUUCGACAAGGAGUGGACGUGGGCCUGGUGUGUGUUUUGGAGGAUGGAGUGCACUCCCCAUGCAACACCCACGACAACUUCAUGCGGCAGAUCUUCAACACCUUCUUCUCCAGGACGCAAUCCAUCUGGGAGCUGCAUUUGAUUUGGGCCGUGGAUCCAACUAUGAGGGCCCUGGUUCAACUCGAGGACACUACUGCCGUCGGUGAAGGAAUGAUUGGCAAGAACAUCACGCGACUCUUCGUGCCCAAGAUGAAGUACCCCAACAGGAUGAGUUUGCGCCAGGUUGAGAUCUUGCGGUCCUUCAACAGUCAGGACGAGCUUCGGGAUGCGAUGGUCAAGGAGAAGUGCAUCAUUGAGGCAGAAAGGACAGAAAUCAGGGAACAGCUGGACCGCGUUCGGGUGGAGGCAGCCAAACAGCGAAACUUGAAAUUGACGGGAAAGCCCGCAUCGUAUUUUUAUGCAAAAGACAAGCUUGCUAUCAAGUGUGCGUGGAAAGACUGGCUUAAAAUGCACAGUUCUUGA